UUGGCAAAGUGUAGUGCCUCUCUCUCUCUCUCUCUCUCUCUCUCUGUGCAUUGAAAGACAGUGGUUUCAAAAUGCCGUUAUCCAGUACCCCAACCGCUUCUAGGGUUCCAAUUGCUAUUCCUUCUUUCUCAAAUCCAAAGGGUUUAAACUUUAGAAGCUUUCAGAUGAAAAAGGACGUAAAUUUCCAUGGGCGAAGAAUCGUCACAUACAAGAUGCUUAGAAAUCUGAAUUUUGUGACCAAUUCGGUUUCUGGGGGUAGUGGUGCAUCGGUUGGGUUUGAUAUGCCAUUUCCUAGUGAUUAUGAUGAACUUCUUGGACAAGCGAAAGAAGCAACUGAAUUGGCUCUGAAGGAUGGAAAACAGUUGAUGGAGAUUGAAUUUCCAACUGCUGGACUUGAAUCUGUACCAGGUGAUGGUGAAGGUGGUAUAGAAAUGACUGGAAGUAUGCAACUGAUUCGUGAGUUCUGUGACCUCUUCAUAAGUCCAGAAAAAGCUACAAGAACAAGAAUAUUUUUCCCAGAAGCAAAUGAAGUUGAAUUUGCAAGAAAAUCAAUUUUUGGAGGAGCUUCAUUCAAAUUGGACUAUCUAACAAAGCCAUCAUUAUUUGAAGAUUUUGGUUUUGUCACGAAAGUUAAAAUGGUUGACCGAGUGAAGCCCGAAGAUGAACUAUUCCUUGUCGGCUAUCCAUAUUUUAAUGUCAACGAAAUGUUAGUGGUGGAAGAGCUUUACAAAGAGGCUGUAGUGAACACUAGCCGAAAACUUAUUAUAUUCAAUGGAGAACUCGACCGUAUCAGAUCUGGGUAUUAUCCACCAUUCUUCUAUCCAAAGCUAGCUGCACUUUCAACGACGCUCUUGCCCAAGAUGGAGACCGUAUAUUACAUUCAUAAUUUUAAAGGACGCAACGGAGGAGCCCUUUUCAGGUGCUACCCUGGACCCUGGAAGGUGCUUAGAAGGCUUGGAAAUAAGUACUUUUGCUUGCAUCAACAGGAAGUUAUGCCAUCCCUCAAGGAAGUUGCCUUGGACAUUCUUCCAUCAGCUUGAUUUUCAGUAAAUAAAUCAUAUGGUCAUCAGAAAAGAUAAAAGACAGUUUUGCCCAACUCCUCUCCUCCUCCGGCGCAACCACCAAUGUUCCUUUUCAUGCCAGAUAGAGUCUUGGUCGAGGAAGAUAAUGCUCUUGUUGGGUUUGGGGCGAAGGCUAGGUAGUAUUUGGGUGUAAGGAUAGAUAGGCACAGACCCGAUGUGGGACCAGUGGAGGCAGCUCACUG